GGGGUCAAAUGUCGUCUCCACUGGCAACUCCGAGGAGCCUGAAGCCUUUCAAGAAGAGGAAGAGUUUCGCCACCAGACAAGAGGAAGUGGCUGGAAUCCUGGCAAAGUUCCCAAACAAGGUCCCGGUGAUACUGGAGCGUGACCCACGUGAGCGGUCGCUGCCCCUGCUGGACAAAACCAAGUUUCUGGUCCCGCGGGAGCUGACCAUGACCCAGUUCCUUGGCAUCAUCCAGAGCCGCAUGGCCCUGAGGGCCACGGAAGCCUUCUACUUGCUGGUGAACAACCAGACCCUGGUCAGCACGAGCGUGACCAUGGCGGAGAUCUACAGGGACCACAAGGAUGAGGACGGCUUCGUGUACAUGACCUACACCUCCCAGGAGACGUUUGGUUGCCCGGGGACAGCAGCCCCCAGGGCAGGGGGCCGAUCCAAGGUCCUCUCCAUCCCACGAAAAGCAGGGGCUGCCUUGGAGAACCCGUACACAGCAGCGCUGCCCUGCAUCCGAAACAGCGAGCUUUGGCUGCAGACCGCAAAGGCAGGCGGUGGGGUACACCUGGAGCUGGGCAGCAGUCUGGCCUCGUUGGAGCCGGGGUGUGGGACCAGGACAUCCAUGAUGGUCACGUUCUGCAAGCCCAAGCUGUCCCCUGGGCUCAUGGUUGGCUGA